AUGGUCCACAAGGUGCUCUUCUGGGGCGGCUUCGGCAUCGCCGUCCGUCUUUGGCAACUCGGUAUCGAGAUGCGUCCCAUCCUCGCCAAGGAAUCCCUCUGGGUGUACCCUCUGUUCGCCGGAGUCGGUGGCAGCUUCGGCUACUGGCUGCAGGGCGUCGAGACCCGUCAGCUCCGGAUCCUGGCCCAGCGCCGCGAAGCGAUCCUCGAAAAGCGCCGGAGAAGGGACAACCAGGUGCAAGAGGCUGGCUCUCUGGCUGCGACGGCGUGA